AUGCAAAUCAAACACCGGCAGGCCUGCACAACGGUGACGACACCGUCUUCCGACAUUGGAGCAGAGCUUACGGCACCGAACGGGACGUCAUGGUCGCAGCCGUUGGGCCUAUUUAUAGGCAAUGAGUUUAGAGAAUCCGCAGACGGAAAGAGAAUCAUUUCGUUCAAUCCAUUUACCGAGACGGAGAUUUGCCAAGUGGCGGCGGCAACUUCUCAGGAUGUCGACGCAGCCGUCAGGGCAUCUCGUCUUGCCCUACAGAGUGCAUCCUGGAAGUCGUUGUCCGGCCCGGAGCGCGGCAAUCUCAUGAACAAGUUGGCAGAUUUGGUUGAUCAGCACCGCGAGACUCUCGCUGCCAUUGAGACGCUCGACAACGGCAAGCCUUAUUCUGCUUCCCUCAGCUUUGACGUCCCGCAUUUUUCUCAAGUCAUGCGCUACUACGCCGGGUACGCGGACAAGAUCCACGGUAGCGUCAUUGACGUCGGCCAUGAGAAGAUGGCAUACACAUUGAGGCAACCCAUUGGUGUGUGCGGGCAGAUUAUUCCCUGGAACUACCCUCUGGCCAUGGCGGCCUGGAAGCUCGGUCCUGCCCUGUGUUGUGGAAACACGGUCGUACUGAAGCCUUCCGAACAGACGCCUCUGUCGAUGCUGUACGUUGGCAGGUUGGUUCGUGAGGCAGGGUUCCCUCCCGGCGUGAUCAACAUCAUCAAUGGCCACGGUGGGCUCGCCGGCGCGGCGCUAGCGUCGCACAAGGACGUGGAUAAGAUUGCGUUCACGGGCAGUACUGCCACGGGCAAAGACGUGAUGCGUAUGGCAUCUACAACAUUGAAGGCGGUCACGCUGGAGACGGGCGGCAAGUCGCCGCUGCUCGUGUUUGAUGACGCCAACCUCGAGCAGGCGGUGCGCUGGGCUCACGAGGGCGUCAUGGCAAACCAGGGGCAGGUUUGCACGGCGACCUCGAGGAUAUUGGUGCAGGACGGAAUCUACGACAGGUUCAUUGAGGCAUUUGCCGACCACACGAGCAAAACGUCUAUUCUGGGCGAUCCCUUCGGGGCCACAACCUAUCAGGGGCCACAAGUCAGCGCGACGCAACGGGAUCGCGUCCUGUCUUAUAUCAAAACUGCGCAGGCAGAGGGCGCAGACCUCAUACAUCCGUGCGGGACUGUUUCGGAGCUCCCUCGAUCGGGCUUCUUUGUUCCACCCACUAUUUUCACAAAUGUCCACACUACUGCCACUGUUUUCAAGGAAGAAAUCUUCGGGCCCUGCGCUGCGGUAGCCCGGUUCAGGACUGAGCAGGAGGCGCUCGAUAUUGCCAACUCGACACGGUACGGGCUUGCUGCGGCCGUCUUCACACGAGACGUAGCCCGUUCUCAUCGUGUGGCGAGGGAAUUGGAAGCCGGCAUGGUCUGGGUGAAUAGCAGCAAUGAUUCCGACGUGAGGGUUCCCUUUGGCGGCGUCAAAGAGAGUGGAAUAGGGAGAGAGCUGGGCGAGGACGGGUUGAGAGGAUAUUGUGGUGUGAAGGCUGUGCAUGUAAACCUGACGGACAGUUGA